UUUGGGUUUGAGAACAUUGAAAAUUUCUUGAAGUCGAAUAACCUAUACACUACUUUGUACCUAGUUCAUGUCAAUGUCAAUGCGCAAUUGAGGAAUACCAUACCAUAUCCCAUUUCAACCUCUCGUUCUGUGCCACCAAGAGAUCGCCAUGCCAAUUUCUUGUACAUCAAAUAAUGGCCACCUCUACGCGACGAGUUGAAUCGCUUCAUCGUUCGCCAAAACACUUUCAGCAGCACAUCGUUCAUCAUCCGCGACGCGCCCACCUUCAUCAAGACAGACACAACAAUUCAACUACUGCAAAUCUAGACGCCAACAGCGUGGCUGCUAAACAUGCUCAUGUUAUCGCGACACAAAUCAAGACGCGAAAUUCGCAGAACAUCUUACAACAACCUAGCCCGCCGCGAAUGAAGCGACCACUCGACCCCAUUGCGAACAAUUACGAACCUCACAAGGCUAAGAGAACUCGAAUAACGGUUGAGAUUGUAGCCAGACCCAUCCCACCAUCCACUAGCUCUCAAAAGACCAUCACUGUUAGGACCCAACCACAACAACAACAACCCCCUAACCCUACUACUAUCAACGAACCUCCCACAACUACAACCACGACAUCGACCGCCGUCACAACAACCCAGAAAUCGCAUAAACUUCCUCACGUUCCACAUCAAGAUUCCAAGACGGCGACAGCAAUAGAACCUCCGUUGAAAAAACACAAGGCGAAGGCGAUUAAUGGAAUUAGACAUGAAUUGGAUAAACUGCAACCAAGUGCAGCUGACACCAGUUCGGCAAGAGAACGGCCCGGUCGCAAAUUGAGGUCACAAGAAGCGACGAGAUUCAAGAGUGAACUGUCGGCAUAUUUCCCCGAUUAUGACGAAGUAAUCGGCAAUGAUCCUAAAGAACAGCAUAUCCUCAAUCUUGAUACCCCAAUCAUCAUCGUCGAUACCCAUCCCCUCCCUAGCACUUACAUUCGUCAAUCACAAGCCCCUAUCCCCUCUCCACAUCCAGCGCUAGGCUCCUGCGACCAGCCCCGCUGCGAUACAGUGCGAACAUACGGAGAUCAUCUAUUCAAUAACUUACACGAUGCACAACGAAUUAGCUUUGCCUUUCUCCAGACGCGAUACAACGGCAAAGAUAUCGGAGAUCCUCUACCAGCUUCUUACUUCGAAUCUGCACACAAGAAAGCUGAGAGGCUAGAGAAGUCUAUUCGUAAUACGGAGAAAGGCCGUGCGCAACAUGAGAAAGAUCAGAUUAUCCGAUUGCUCAACGAGCUGCAAGGUCACGAUUGGUUGAGGACUAUGGGCGUUAGUGGUGUUACCGAAAGUCGCAAGAAAACAUUCGAACCUGCUCGAGAUCAUUUCAUCAAGGGUUGUCAAGUAAUAUUAGAAAAAUUUAGGGUAUGGAGUCAGGAAGAAAAGAAGAGGAAGCUAAUGAAGGAGAAAGCCUUGGCGGAAGAGGCAGAAAAUGAAGAGGAGGUUGACGAGGAUGAAGGGGCCCAAUUAGAUGAAGUGGGGGAAACAGAUGAGGAUAUAUCAAUGGUUGAUGUCAACGAAGAAGGUAAUGACAUCCCUGACGACGUUAGCAAUGGUGAUCCUCCGGAUUACAGCGACGUUGAUGCAUCCGCGAAGCAGCUUCUCGAUGAGGCAUUGGCACGGGCAAAAUAUACGGCCUCAAGUUCAAAGAGAUCCCGAGGUGAACCUCCACCAAUAUCAGCGGAGCCUCGUGUGACAAAGGAAUUCACCUCCUUCUUUAACAAGAAACAUCUGCGCGAUGCAGCCCUCAGCAAAGGUCGACGAAGAGGUAGAACCGUCGUGGCCUGGGGUCAUCCCAUACCAGAUAUGAUGGAAGGCGAGUUUGAAUUACCAGAAGAAUACCGAGAUAUGGAGAUUCUGAAGGCUCACGAAAGACAAAAGAGGCGAGAGAGACGCCAGCGCCAACAUUAAUCCGGCGCCUCGAGCUUUAAGCUUAGAAGCAUCAACUUUCUACAAGGCUCUUAAGUCUAGUGCUGUCCUCAUCUCCAGGGUUGUGGUAUUCGUGUGGAUGAUGUCUAAUGACUAGCAGUUUGAGCUCCCAAUGGUUGAGCCAAACACAUACCUUGAUUUAUUCAUGGUCAUGCAUAUGCAUUUGCUAGGGACAUUAAGUGUACUAUCAAGACUUGCUCA